AUGGCGAAACGCAAAAGAGAAGAUGCUGCCGGGCAGAAACAAGACGCUGCCAGGAAAGCUAUCAAAGCAGAAACCAAUGCCCAGAAAGAGAAACAAAUUCCUUCUCCAGAUCAACAGCCGCCAAGCGCAGUCACUGUCCAAAUCAUCACCGGAUCCUACGAACGAGUCUUGCAUGGGAUCACUACGACCAUCUCCAAGCCGUCAACCGAUGAUGAGUCCGCUUCGCAGACCGUUCAAUUCAUCGAUAACUUUUUAUUCCAAGCCCACGCCUCUGCGAUCAAAUGUCUCGCCCUAGGUCCCCUGCCAGACCAAGCUUCCCCAGGCUCGCAUAAGGUCGUGCUGGCAAGCGGCGGUACCGACGAGCGCGUCAACCUGUACACUCUAUCCGCCUUCCCACCACUAACAGACGACAAGUCCUCUUCAAUCCCAACGCUGGCAGGAAACAAGAUUCUCGAAAACCCUAAGAACCGUGAGCUGGGCUCCCUAAUGCAUCACUCCUCCGCCAUCACGGCGCUGUAUUUCCCCACGGGAUCAAAAUUGCUAUCAGCAGCGGAGGAUAAUACGAUAGCUGUGACUAGGACGCGGGAUUGGUCUGUUGUUUCGACGAUAAAAGCGCCGCGCCCAAAGGUUCAAGACAGGCCCAGUGGUGAUACUGCGCCGCCAGGGGGCGCUCCGGCUGGAGUAAAUGAUUUCGCAGUGCAUCCUAGUAUGAAGCUCAUGCUUACGGUGGGGAGGGGGGAGAAGUGCAUGAGGCUGUGGAAUUUGGUCACUGGAAAAAGAGCUGGAGUAUUGAAUUUUGAUAGACAUAUUCUCGAGACAGUUCUGGAGGGGAAGCAUAGUACAGGUGAAGGGCGAAGGAUAUCCUGGGACUUUGAAGGGGAGGAGUUUACUGUUGCAUUUGAACGAGGUGCUGUGGUAUUUGGAAUUGACUCGGUACCCACCCGUGUCAUACUUCCUUCUCCACGAACGAAGCUUCAUCAGAUGAAGUACAUCGAUGUUGGCAUGUCCGGUGCAAGUAAACGGCAAUUGCUCGCCUUGUCAACCGAGGAUGGGCGAAUUUUGUUUUACUCUACUAAAGCCAGUGACCCAACCCAAACAAAGUCUACAGAUAAUUCAAAGCCCGCCAUCCCAGCAGCUCAACUAAUAGCACAACUAGGAGGAAAAGAUCAUGGACAAUCAGGCCGCAUCAAGGAUUUCGAAUCGCUGCCCGUCACAGCUCAGGGAUGGAACAGCACCUUCCUAGUAGUUACUAGCGGCAGUGAUGGCGCCGUGAAGAUAUGGAUGCUAACUGAGGGCGAAUUCCACAGCUCUAAAGCAGAAUCGGCUAAAACAGUGAGGAACUUAAAAUCAAGUUCCAAGGGCCAGAACGGGGCCUUGCCAUCAGCUACCAGCGCCGUGGCUCAGGUUGGGAAGCUUCUGGGCACGUAUGAAUCUGGCAACAGGAUCACAUGCAUGAAGGCUUUCAUUAUGCUGGCGCCUGAUAACGGCGAGAUAGAUGAUAGUAAUUUAUCUGAGAGUGAGCAGGAGGAGGAAGCAGAUGAUGAUGACAACAGUGAAUCGGAGAAUGAAAAUUAA